CGCAUAAAAGGUCGGGCUCGCGAAUGCGGCGCGGAUCGUCUGUUUGCCGUUUGCACGCAAGUCUGUGUAAUGCUAUAUCCUCAUGCUCAGUAAUGCUCUGCUGAUUUUCCCAUGCCCAUGCAGGCACACGUGGACGGGACCCUCUUCAGGAUCCCUUCGGCGAGCUCUUGGUGUAUAUAGAGCCCAUUAGGUGCCAAGGUAGAAACAAGCUUCCUGAUCAGCCCUUCCGACCAUUCCAUCGACACUGUCUUGAACAUUGAGUCGCGGAGAGAUGAUGUUGCUCUCAUCGGCUGUUCUGGGCCUCCUUGCCACGGCAGGGCUUGCUGCGGCCACGCCCCUGGCGAGUGCCUCGUCACUUGAAUCGCGUGCUGCCUCGGGCGAUCGGUUGGUGUUCUGCCACUUUAUGAUCGGUAUUGUUGGGGACCGUACCAGCGCCGCCGACUAUGAUGAUGACAUGCGCCGCGCCAAGGACGCCGGCAUUGAUGCCUUCGCCCUCAACAUUGGCGUGGACGGCUAUACCGACCAACAGCUCGACUAUGCGUACCAGUCUGCUGCCAACAACGGCAUGAAGGUCUUCAUCUCGUUUGACUUCAACUGGUACAGCCCGGGAGAUGCGGGCGCCGUCGGCCGCAAGAUCGCUCAGUACGGCAGCCGUCCGGCCCAGCUCCUCGUCGACGGUCGCGUCUUUGCCUCUUCCUUUGCUGGCGAUGGUCUUGACGUCAAUGCUGUGAGGGCUGCCGCGGGCACGAAUGUGUACUUUGUUCCGAACUUCCAUCCUGGCCAGACAACGAAUAUUGCAUCUCUGGACGGGGCUUUCAACUGGAUGGCAUGGCCGAGCGAUGGCAACAACAAGGCGCCCAAACCUGGCAGGUCGGUGAGCGUUGAGGACGGAGACAAUGCCUACCUCAACUGGCUCGGCGGCAAGACCUACAUGGCUCCCAUCUCCCCGUGGUUCUUUACCCAUUUCGGGCCGGAAGUCUCGUUCAGCAAGAACUGGGUCUUCCCGGGCGGCUCGUUGAUCUUCGACCGCUGGAACCAGGUACUCCAGAAAGGCUUCAACAUGGUUGAGAUAAUUACGUGGAAUGAUUAUGGAGAGUCUCACUACGUUGGCCCGCUGAGCUCACGUCACUACGACGACGGCAACUCCAAGUGGACCAAUGACAUGCCUCACAACGGGUUUCUCGAGCUCUCCAAGCCCUUCAUCGCUGCGUACAAGAACAAGGAUACCUCGGUAAACAAGUACAUCAGCAAGGACCAGAUCAUCUACUGGUAUCGCCGGACGCUCAAGACGCUGGACUGCGAUGCGACAGAUACCACGGCCGGGCGGCCGGCCAACAACGCCAGCGGCAACUACUUCAUGGGCCGCCCUGAUGGCUGGGAGACCAUGGAAGAUAUGGUGUAUGUCGUCACCCUCCUCACACAGCCCGGAACCAUCGCGGUCACCUCGGGCGGGCAGACGGUCACGCAGCAGGUCCCCGCGGGCGCCAACCUCAUCAAGGUCCCCGCCGCGGUGGGGAAGCAGCAGUUCAGCCUGUCGCGGAACGGCCAGGUGGUGCUCCGGGACACGUCGCUGAUGGACAUCUCCAACGUCUGCCCCUGCGGACUGUACAACUUCAACCCGUAUGUCGGCACCGUGCCCGCCGGCUUCAGCGACCCCCUCGGCCCAGACGGCCUGGCGUCUCUCACCGUAGGUCUCCACGUCAGCACCUGCUCGGCCACGCCCUCGCUUGGCACCAACCCUCCCGUGGUAACAUCUCCUCCCGUCACUACCACGCCGACCACCCCUACCACCACCACGCCGCCCUCGCAGCCGACACCGACGAGCACCCCGGGGUCUGGCCAACCUUGCAACGCGGGCACCAACGCCGACGGCGAGAGCGGCAACUACAUCGGCCUCUGCAACUUCGCCUGCAGUUACGGAUACUGCCCUCCAGGCCCCUGCAAGUGCACUUCCUUCGGCACGCCGGGGACGCCGCCGCCUCCCAAUGGGCGCAACGGAUGCCCUUUGCCGGGCGAGGGCGACGGGUACAUUGGGCUGUGCAGCUACGCGUGCAACCAUGGGUAUUGCCCUGAUACCGCUUGUCAGUACUGCUAAGUAAGCGGGUCGGAGAAAGCAAUGGCGUUUUUUCAGGCCCUAUUGACUCAGGGAUGGGAUGCGUAGCGGCCCGGUGCUAGUGGUGUGACUGGUUAGGGUAACUUUGGUGGUAUUGUACCAUAGUACAUACCACAUACCGCUUGUCUUAAGCUUUCAAGUUGCUCAUAAGACCUCCAAAUAGAAAGAAUACCUUACGUAUGGUCACUUUUAGGUUUGGACUACAUGUCUCGCAUAUAUACUCUUAACCCUAGCAUUGUCAACCAAAUUACCCCUAUUCUCAAGGAAUGAAUGUGGGAAAAGGAAGCAAUUAAGAAAGAAGGGAGGGAAGAGGGAAAACCCUAGAAAUUAGAAGGAGAAUAAAGAAGCGAAAGAAGCGAAAGAAGCGAAAGAAGCGAAAGAAGCGAAAGAAGCGAAAGAAGAGAAAGA